CACUCAGCCAGUCCUGCAUUUCUAUUGGGACAAACACACAUGCCUGUACACGUUUGGCCAGCUGGCAAAUGUAUACACACUCUGGUUAAUUGCAGAGAGAGAGAGAGAAGUGUGAAGACUGGCACUAAAUGGAUGCCACCAAAGCGACGUCGUCAGAUGUAAUUUUCUGCCGUAGCACUAAGAGGAACAUCGAGCUCGCUGCCUUUUUGCAUAGUUGAUGGAGAAUUCCUGCACGGAGAGACGUUCUGAGCUAUUAAACCGCAGUCGGAUACCAUCUUUGGAAUUCAAACCGUGAAAUCUCAACAUGGCUUUCUUUCCCUUCGGAACCAUCACUGGAGCAGAGGAUGAUCUUCUGGUAGCGUCGGCAGAAUGUCCCAGCGACGAUGAGGACAUUGACCCUUGCGACCCAAGUUCAGGUGGGUUAGCUCACCCUCCACUGCCUGAGGCCAAGGGUUACCCCAGCCCGGAAGUGAUUCGGGAGUCCAGCAGCACCACGGGCAUGGUCGUAGGCAUCGUCGCGGCAGCCGCCCUUUGCAUCCUAAUCUUGCUCUACGCCAUGUACAAAUACCGAAAUCGCGACGAGGGCUCGUACCACGUGGAUGAGAGCCGUAACUACAUUAGUAAUUCCGCCACGCAGCCCAACGGAGCCGCCGUCAAAGAAAAGCCCAUUGGCGUGCCCAAAAAUAAAAAAGAUAAAAAGAACAAGGACAAGGAGUACUACGUCUGAUCUCACAGACUUUCUCCCCGCCCCUUACAACCCAACCACAGAUCUUGUGCUCUGAACUCACACACAAAAGGGGAGGGGAGAUCCACCCGUGUAUAGUAAUUGAGAAAAAAAAAAUAGAAAAAUACAAAACUGUCUUAGAUUGACCUAAGACACAAUAUACUGUUACUAACAACAAGAAAACAAUUUAUAACCAAGCACACCAGAACUUUACUAAGCUGAAAAGUGUGUACAAAAUGAAACAGAACUGCUCAAGAAGAAUCCAUGUAGUCACUACAGUUGUGGAUCACUGAGAGACAAGGCCGUUGGUUAGAAUUAAGUGUAUUUCAUAUUAUGUUGCCUGUAUAUGUGUUGCCGGAACAUUUUCCCUCUAAAGCCAGACAAACCAUCUGCAACAAUCCAAACAGACAUUCACCGAUGGGACAGACGGAAAAGGAAUGAAGGACUUAAAAAUUAGAUGCUACCUAUGAUUGUUAAAUCAGCCAAAGUAUUUGACUCCCUUUUCUGAUGGUAUUGCGUGUUUGGAUGAGAAAGAACCACUCCUUGUAGGAUCCGAACUGAUUUCCAUUCGGUGGACAGAAC